AUGGCCGCAUCGCUGCAGGCGUCGCUCCCCAAGCCGAAAUACACCGGGGAGGAUGAGGAGGCGCCAUCACGGACGCAGCAGCGCGGCCCUCGCAUCGUGGGUCCCGGCCAGCUGGACGAGACGCAAAUCGUCCUGAAGCGAAGCGGACCUCCUCCAUAUGGCCAGCGAGCGGGAUGGCGACCUCGCUCGCAGGAGGAUUUCGGCGAUGGCGGUGCGUUUCCCGAAAUCCCGAUUGCCCAGUAUCCCCUUGACAUGGGCAAGAAGGGUGCGAAAACGAGCAAUGCUUUGGCGCUGCAGGUCGAUGCCGAGGGCAAGGUCAAAUACGACGCGAUUGCGAGACAGGGUCACGGCGAGGGACGAAUCAUUCACACAUCAUUCAAGGAUCUGAUCCCGUUGAGGCAGCGAGCUGAUGCUGGAGAGAUUGAUCUAUCGCGUCCCGACAAGGAGUCUGUGGAGGCGACGACGGAGAGAACCAAGAACGCGUUGGCAGCUCUCGUCAGCGGAGCAGUGGCAGCGCAGAAGCCAAAGAACCUCAACAUCGGACAGCGAAAGGACCCGACCUUUGUGCGAUAUACGCCGGCAAACCAGAUGGGAGACAACUCCAAGAAGCAGGAUCGCAUCAUGAAGAUUGUGGAGCGGCAGCGAGAUCCGAUGGAGCCUCCGAAAUUCAAGCACAAGAAAAUCCCCCGCGGCCCUCCGUCACCUCCUCCUCCCGUUAUGCACUCGCCCCCACGAAAACUUACAGCCGAGGACCAAGAGAUGUGGAGAAUCCCACCUCCAGUGUCGAAUUGGAAGAACCCGAAGGGCUUUACAGUGCCCCUGGACAAGCGUUUGGCUGCAGACGGGCGAGGCUUACAGGAUAUUACUAUUAAUGACAAGCACGCACAGUUUGCAGAGGCCAUCAAGAUGGCAGAACGCCAUGCCCGAGACGAGGUCCAGCAGAGAGCUCUGAUGCAGCAGAGGCUAGCGGAGAAGGAGAAGGCUCAGAAGGAAGAAAACCUGCGAUCUCUGGCUCAAAAGGCUCGCGAGGAUCGAGCUGCCGCCGGGCGGCGUGGAAGAAGGGACUCGAGGGAUUCGCGAGACUCACGAGAUUCGGGGUCGAGAUCACCAUCACGGUCAAGCUACAGCGGCUCAGAGUCCAGGGGUGGUUCUGAUAGCGAAGAUUCAGAGAUUCGGGCUCGAGAAAGGGCGCGUAGGGAGAAGCGAAAGGAAGAUGAGCGCAAGUUGCGACAAACACGAAUGGGCGCAGAGCGACGUAUCCAAGUCAUGGCACGAGAGCAAAACCGAGACAUAUCUGAGAAGAUUGCUCUUGGCAUUGCUAAACCUUCGCAAUCCAAAGAGACCAUGUACGACUCCCGAUUAUUCAACCAGUCCAGCGGGUUUGAUAGCGGAUUCAACGAGGACAACCCCUACGACAAGCCCCUCUUUGCUGCUCAGGAUGCUAUUAACAGCAUCUACCGGCCGCGAGCAAACUUGGACGACGAAGAUGCUGAAGCUGGCGACAAGGAGAUGGCCAAGAUCCAGAAAUCAAGCCGAUUCGGCGAAGCACUGGGCAAGGGUACCUUUAAGGGGGCCAGUGAGGCAGAGGCAAGAGAAGGACCCGUGCAGUUUGAGAAGGAUGCUGCAGACCCGUUCAACGUGGACAAGUUCUUGUCUGAGGUUGAUCAGAACGCGUCGUCUAAGAGAGGAUAUGGAUUGCAAGACGAGGAUCGGAAGGCCAAGAAGGCUCGCGUUGAGGAAGAUGACGAUUAA